AUGUACACAUUACAGAAACUCGUUGGGUCGUUGCAGCUCCGGCUCGCGUAUCUCCUUCCGAAGUGCCGACUGUUACUGUUCACCGCUGUUCAUGCCAGCCCAUCAUUCUGCGACACAGCUGCUCGCAUAGAUCUUCAAAUUAUGCUUGGCCAUGUGCCCUUUCUAGAAUCACAAAUCAGAAUUUCUCAUUUAAUUCAGGCUCUCACUCAUCUUCUCGGGCCCGGGAAUGGCUUUGCAGUCACAGCCCAACCUUACACUGCUAUCGCCUACCGUACGCCUUUUCCGACGAAUGGCUUCUCCAAGAUAUUUUUGGAACAGGAUCGUAUUACUUUAACAUGGGUGCGAGACUUUGACACGGUUGAUAUUCAGGUCGUCUCCCCUGGUCAUGGAGUCAAUAACAGUCGCAGUUCCAGGUCCAAAGACCAGCUGGCCAACCGCAUCUCCAAUCCCAGUAUGGGCCGGGACCUCAAUCACAGUUACAACCCCAGGCGCAGCCCUCGCGUCUCCUCGUCCACCCUUCAGUCAACUAUCAAUUCCCAAACCCGAACGUUGCACCUGGGCCGGUUCCCAAUGUGGUGGAUGUCGGCAGAUGACAGUCUCUUCAUUCGAGACUGUAACACAAAUACAAACCCUUCCAGGGCGUGGCUCAAACACACCUCGCUGCCUCACUGGCUGAUGAGGCAUAUUACUAUUGACCCUCUGCAGGAUCUUAUGGUCACAGUUGCCUCGAUUGGCACUGUGAUCGAAGAAAAUCACCACACGCCCGGUGUGGUGUCUCAGUCGUGAUUUUAUGAAAAAAACAUCUCAAAUCAUCCUUACACUUUAAUCGCCUACCGUACGCCUUUCCCGAUGAAUGGCUUUCGCAAGAUAUUUUUGGAACAGGAUCGUCUUACUUUAACAUGGGUAUGUG